AUGGAGAGCGGCAGUUCUGGUGAUGACGUGCCUGAAUUGUUGCCAGAGGAUGUUGCAAAGCCGGACACCAUUGCAUUCCAGAGUCCUCAUGAGGGGAACAAGGAUCCAGAUAUGAACACGCUGAUCUUCAUGAGGUCGGCAGCUGAUGGAAUGUUGCGGCUAGAUUGGGUGAACAAGGCCUUGCGCAAGGGUGGAGAGCAACCUUCUACUGCCACAGGUACCUGGCCAUUCCUUGUCUUUAUGUCUUUUACCGCCCUCUGCAUAUGGUUCCAAUCCCCCUUCUACCCAAAAUCAGUUCAUUUAGACUGUGAUCUGACUUGGAUCUUCACGGCUCAUAAGGAGGGGGAUAUGAAGGCUCCCUACGACAAGUGGGACUUGUUCUGCAACCACUUCGAGACCAAGAUCAUCGCUAAGCUGGACCCCUACUUUAAAUGCAACGCCAUCACAGACCUGUUGAAGACGAUGAGGGAUUUAUGCAUUCCAUCUUCGUGGGGAGAUGAGACCGACACGACUCCUACAGGCUUCACGUGGCCUCACAACGUCCCUCGAGUUACCCAUGAGCAGAUGAUAGAAGCAGUUGAGAGAGCAAUUGUUACUCUUCUACAGGAUGCAGGUCGUGCUGACGCACAAGGGGAGGUCAAGACCGACUUCAGGAUCCGGCGUGUCCAUGAUUACGUUGAUGAGCCAUUGCCUGGCAUUGUUGCUCAGAAGCCCAAGUAA